AGAACAGUUCACAAAGUGCUGUUAGGAAACCAGACGAGCCAAUCAGUAGAUUUCCAGCCCCGGAAUGAUGAAGUGGGCGGUGCUGACGCUGGCGCUGAUGGGCGUGGCGUGGGCGGAGUUGGCUCCACCCGAGAGAUCCUACAAGAUCCUGAUGCUGUUGCCAGUCUCCUCGAAGAGCCACAGGAAUGUCUUCUUGCCGGUUGCUGAGGGAUUGGCAGAUCGAGGACACAAGAUCGUGAUCCUGGCCAACCACCCUCCGGCAUUAAAUCACCCAACGUCGAAGAAAUCAACCACGGUCUGUCAGAGUUCAACACGGAGGCCAUGGACUUGUUUGCAAUACUGCGUCAUUCGGCAUCUGUCCACAAGAAGUGUUCGCUUAUUUUACCAACCAGUGUCCCUACUGCAAAACGUAAGACUCAGCUUGUCAUCUGUCAUCCAGCGACAGAAUAACAAAACUAUCCUCAUUUUUGCCACAGGUUGUAUACCCCUUUGCCACGAGAUGCCCUUCAUCACCGUAGCGACACCAGGCAUGGAUUCUCGCCAAAGUGCUGUCUUCGGCAACGUCCUGAACCCAGCGUAUGCGCCAACUUUCAUGAAUGCUUUCCCCCUCCCCAUGAGCAUGAUACAACGCUUCCUCAAUACCAUCGCACACAUCAGGAUUGCUGCACCUGGGUACUUCGAUGUCCUCCCCUCUGUACAGAAGGAGAUCUCAUCCCAGUUCCCGGACCUUCCGCCGCUGCUGGACAUUGAACGUAACCAGAGCCUUGCCUUGCUCAACUCCCACUUCACGGUGACUGGCGUUCUGCCUCUUCUGCCGUCCCAGGUGGAAGUGGGGGCCAUGCACUGCCGUCCUGGCAAGCCGCUUCCAGAGGAUUUAGAAUCGUGGAUCAGUGGCGCAGGAUCAGAGGGCGUCGUGUACUUCAGUCUCGGCUCCAUGGCUCAAGGUCAGUCGAUGCCCAAGAAGUACCGAGAUAUGUUCGUGGAGGCCUUCAAGCAGCUCAAACAGCGAGUCAUCUGGAAGUACGAGGUGGCGCUGGAGGGCGUCUCUGACAACGUGCUGAUGCGGAAGUGGCUGCCGCAGCAGGAUAUUCUCGCUCAUCCAAACGUCCGGGUCUUCAUCACCCACGGAGGACUCCUCAGCACUCAGAGUCCUUCUACCACACCACGCCAGUUCUCGCAGUCCCCAUCUAUGCGGAUCAACCCAAGAAUGGCAUGAACAUACAGGCCAGCGG